CGUUGAAACUAUACCAUGGCGUGUCUACUCGCGCCACUUCGUCCCACCUCACCCUCACCCUCAAAUUCAAUCCCUCGAAUCAGAUUUGGGGCCAAACCUCCGUCCAACGUGGCCUCCGCCCAGAGUCGACUCAUCCGGAACUCGAUGAGUCAACCCGCCGCCGAAGCCAAUCCAGACGUCCCAAAGUCCGACACCACGGACGUCCUGGUUCAGUACGUUGUGCUCCGGCGAGACCUAAUCGACAAGUGGCCGAUGGGCAGCGUGGUCACACAGGGCUGCCAUGCCUCCGUGUCCGCCAUUUGGUCCCAUAGAGACGACCCCGUCACGCUCCAAUACUGUGGCCCGGAAAACAUCGAUUCUAUGCAUAAGGUUACUCUUGAGGUGAAGGGAGAACCCCAGAUAUUGAAUUUGUCAGAGAAGCUCGAAGCAGGUGGCAUAGCGCACAAGCUGUGGAUUGAGCAACCCGAAAACUUCCCAACCUGCCUCGCCACAAAGCCCUACCCAAAAUCCGCGGUAUCGGCGUAUUUUAAAAAGUUGAAACUCUGUAAGUGAAGUUAUUGUCAUCCUCAUUAGUCCACAGCCAUGAAUUGUGUACGAGUUUCAAGGAUAACUUGUUCGUUUAUGAAUAGGUUCAUAGGAUUUUUCCAGUUUUGCUUUCAGUUUAUGUUGAAGGUGUUAGAACACCUUUGGAGAAAUAGCAAUCUUAAUUGGUUAAGAAGUAAAAUCCGGAAGGCGGUUCGAUUCAGUCGGAAAAUUCCUUCAUAUUGUUUUUCAGUAAGAACGGGAGCAAUCAGACAAUAUUUAGAAAUUAGAAAGAAAUCGAAAACGAUUGCAAGUACAUGUUAAUAGAGUCUGUCAUUUUGUUUUUCAGCCACAAUUAUAAUUCAGAGUAUAUAUUCUGCUAUAUAUACAAAAGCAAAAACUGCAAGCUCGCUACA